GCUUGUAGUAUCUAAGUAAACAGGCUGCCAGAGGUAUUUGUUUUUCCAAUCAGUGUAGGUUUUGGAAUACCUAAAGUGUUAAGUUGUUUGUGAAUUUGAUCGUGAUGUAAACAAUGAAACAAAACCGACGUCGUUCGAGAUAGAAUCAAUUAGGUAUCGAUAGAAACGGAAUCGUCGAAUAAAAAUACACAUAAAACAAACGCAUUUACUUACCGCCUAUUUUUCUCUAAAACGCAUUUUUUUUAUUUUGUAUUAAAAAUAGUGUCGAGUGAGUGAAUAACCCGAACGAACUAAAAAUAACAGAGACCAAUUUAAUAGUGUGCAAUAAUAUAAAAAAUAAAUAAAGUGGAGUGCAAUAUGUUGACGCAAAAACUAUAUCCAGACGUAAAUAGUAUGUCGACGGGAGCUAACGCGAUGUCUCCGAUGACGACGACUUAUUCGAUGAAUUCGAUGGCGAUGGCUCAAAUGAAUUGUUCACCGCAAGCGCCGAUGUUCGGUACUAGUAUGUUGAAUACCGGAAUGACGUCGACAAUGCCGAUGAACAGAAUACCAACUAGGAUGGAUCAAACAAUUAACGAAACACCCCAAUUAGGAUAUACUACGAUAGGUUCGCCGAUUUCUAAUAUGAACGCUUGCAUGGGAGCCGCCAUGACUUCCAUAAAUAAUUACAAUACCGUCGGUAGAGGUGAUAUAGGCGGCGGCGAUACUUCUCCUAAUAGCGCUUUGCAAAGAGCCAGGGCGGAUAAAACUUAUAGAAGAUCUUAUACGCACGCUAAACCGCCCUAUUCUUACAUCUCGCUUAUAACAAUGGCCAUACAAAAUAGUCCUCAAAAGAUGUUAACCUUAUCCGAAAUUUAUCAAUUUAUUAUGGAUCUAUUUCCGUUUUAUCGACAAAAUCAACAGAGAUGGCAGAAUUCGAUAAGGCAUUCGCUUUCGUUCAACGAUUGUUUCAUAAAAGUUCCUAGAACACCCGAUAAACCCGGUAAAGGAUCGUUUUGGAGUUUACAUCCGGAUUCCGGUAAUAUGUUCGAAAACGGCUGUUAUUUGAGAAGACAAAAACGUUUUAAGGACGAGAAAAAAGAAUUAAUUCGAUCGGCGCAUAAAAGUCCAUCGCACAGCGUCGACAGCAGUAGCAGUUCCGGUAAAAAAACUCCCGUACAACACGGAAGCGAAGAUAAAUCGCAUCAUUUAGAUAAAACCAACGAAAAUUUGGGUUCGAUGUUAAGUUUACAUCCGACGAAAUUAGACGUCGAUCAAAUGAAUCUUUUAAACGCCAACGAUUUACAUAAUAUGCAACAACAUCAUCACCAUCAAAAUAUGUCUCACGAAGAAUUAUCGGCCAUGAUAAAUAGAAGUAAUCAUUUAGCUUUGUCUAGUGAACAUCAAUCGAUGUUACAUCAUUCGCCUAUGAACCAUCACCUGAAGCAAGAACCCACCGGUUAUACCCCUUCGAAUCAUCCCUUUUCGAUAACGAGACUUUUACCCGCCGAAUGUAAAUCGGAUAUCAAGAUGUACGCCGAUAUGCAAUAUGGAAGUUACAACACGCUCAGCCCUUUGCCGAAUCCAAUCCAUUCUCAUAGUACUAUAGGUAACGAUUAUUAUAAUAGUCCUUCUUUAUAUCAUAGCUCGUCGGGUACGACUUCCUUGUGACAGUAUCCUUUAGCUUAAAAAUGUAUAUUUAUCUUUUCCUCGAAUAUUUUUUUUUCUAUUAGGUAUCUAUUAUCUACAGACGGAUUUUCGUCGGAUAAUAAUAAUAUACUAAUUUAUAUGUAUAUGAAGAUAGGUAUAUUUUUGAGGAAGCAUUUGAAAUGAAAAUUUAAUUUAAGUAAAAAUCUCACUUAAAAUGCGGUUCAAGAAAUGAAAAUACCUAAAAAACUACCUAAUUAGUAAUCUAGAAAAUAUUAGCUAAAUUAUUAUUAUAAUAACAAUUUCACUUUUCGAAACUUUUAUCGUAAUAUUUUGUUAUGAAAAUUUAUUAGUACUUUUGUUUAUUAAUACAGGGUAAAUAUUCUUUAAUAAAUUAUUGUGUACAAAUUCUUUUUGAAAUUGGUACAAAUAUCCUUUUUGAAAAAUGUAGAUAUUUUCAACAAUUAUUAUUUGUUUCGAUCGAAUCUUUAAAAAGCAAUUCGAGUUUCAAAAAGUAAAGAGUACAAAGAAAAUAUCACGAACAUUUCUAUUCAAAAAAUUAAAAUCGUUACAAUAAAUUACUCAAAUUUCAAUGUGGAUAUGAGUUUCCUACUACAAAAUUUGAUAUAUAUUUGAAGAAAAAAAAAAGAAAAAUAAAUGCUGGUAUUUCAAUAAAUAUUUCAUUUUUCACAACUCAUACAAUUAUUAUAUAUUUCAUCAUUCUGUAUAUAUACAGGGUGCUUCUAAAUUCGUGCCACAAAAUUCGGGAGGUGAUUGCUCGUAUGAAAGUAAGAUGAGUCUUUCAUAUAACACCCCUUUCCGAGAUAUUACCCUUAAAAGGUGGUGAAUAAGAUUGAGAUUUCAUUUUUUUUUCUAAACGUGUACGACUAGAGGUGGACCUAUUCAGAUUUUAUUAUGAAUCGUAUCAAAUUUUACAUCUUUAGUGUUUUCCACUCAAUUUUUAAAAAAAUUUAAUAAUAAAAGUAUUACUAAAUAAGACAAGUUAUUUCAUUUUAUAAAACUUCAUCUUGUUUUUAUACGAAAUAAAGUAAGGGUUGCUAAUUUCCUCCUUCGCGAGUGCAGUACGCAAGUUUCUAUUUUCUAUUUUAGAGAAAAAAUCAGUCAUUUACUCAUCCAUCUUAAGUGUGAUAUUUCGGAAACGGGUGGGCUAAAGAAAUUUUGUUAUAAGAAAGUCCAUAACCUCUCAAUUAAUAUUCGGUUUAUACGUACAUAAUUUAUCGUGUGGAAAUCGAUAUUUUUUAUCUUUGGAAAGAUAAAAUUUUUACGAGAGGAACUAAAUAUUUAAGACAUGUCUCAUCUCACAUCAUCAUUUAUUUUUCUCCGUAGGAUAUAAUUUUUUUAACCAAUACUUAAUAUUUUUACGAUGAUAAACUAUUAUCAAUUUUAAAUGUUAAUUUUCGUUUGUAAUCAUAAUAUAGUGUCAUCAUUUGAAUAUGUAGAUUUUUGUAUGAAAAAUAGUUUUGCUAUCGAAAAAUUUGGAAAAAAUCAGUUAUAUAAAUGUUCUGACCUUUUUUUGUGUCCAUCUUCAACAAUAGAUAGGACAAAGCCAAUAAUGUGUUUAAUUAGCGCCAUUUUAUGAUGUAUAAGUGAAUUUCGGGUAUUGUAAGGUCAUGGUAGAGUUCAGAAAAUGGAAAGAGCCAAUAAAAGCCACUCGUUAUUCUAUACUCAGCAUUAGCCCUAAUAAAGUAUCGAAUUUCCACUAGUCUCCGUCCUAUACACACACACACAGCUUGACUCAUCGCGUUAUUUUCAAAAGUCUCUUUAGAAUAUUUCGACGUAUGCAAUAUGGUUCUUGUUUAUAGAGUAAUUAUUUUUUUCAAUCUCCUGUUAAUUAAUUAUAUUAAAAUUGAAAUAGCGUAAAUGUGGUUUUAAUUCAAGGUUUGCCGUUUGUUUGGAUGAUUAUCGUGUAAAAAAGAGUAUUUAUCAUCAAAUUAAUAUAAAAAAAUAUCAUUUAUUCCAGAAAGUAUCAGUUAUUUAUUGUAUCUUUUGUAGAAUGGUUUUAUAAUAUAAAUUGUUUGGAUUCCAUUCUUUGUUUCUUUUUUGUUUUGUUCAUCAUAAUGUUGUGUUGAAUUAUUUCUUUGUACUCUUAUAAAAUUUGAAUAAUAUGAAUGUAGUAUCGAAUUUAAUCGGCACGAUUAAUAAAAAUCAAAGUUUGUUAAUUUUGUAUGAUAUGUAUAAAUGUAAAUAUCGUUUUUUCUGUACAUAUAUAUUUUUUAUAAUCUAUAUUACGUUGCAAUAUAAAAUAUCCUAUUAAAUUGUAUAAAAUCAAAUCAAAAAAUUGUAUAUAUAUUUUUUUUAUGUCAAAAAGUAUAUCUAACGCAAUCCGAAGACCAAGUUUUUAUUUUGAUAUCCCUUAUACCUACUAUGUCGAAUAUUUGUGUGGUCACCUCAUAUAAUUUUAGGGUCACUUUACAAGUUUUGCCUUUGAUGUUUAUUUUUAUGAUCUGCUAAUAGUCGAGAAGGUCCGUUUUACCUGCAGUUACCACUUUUGGUUCCUUUAUUUUCUACACUUUCAUAAAAUUUCCAUUGCAUAUUUUGAUUUCGUCAUUUUCGAAUUGUAUAUUUGAAUUAUUUCGAAAUAAUCCAAAACGUUUCGUAAAAUUUCAAUUACUUAUUAUAUAUUAAUAAAUUAAGACUAAUGCACGAUUGCCCCUUUUUUUUUCUUAAUAAUGAACUAGAAUAUUUCAAAAAAGGCAAAAUCUAAAGAUUUUUUUGACAUUUUAUCAAGCAAAUCAACAGCAUGUAAUAAUCGUCAUUUAAGAAAAAUAAAAUAAGUAUCGUUUUUGAACUUUGGAUAUCGAUUAGGUGAUUUAGAAUAUCAAAGUAAAUCGUGUUAAUGACAAUGGUAUGAUACAAUGAUGAUAGUUAUUGGUUGCAGACAUAAUACAAAUAAAUACAAAGUUUAAUUCUUAUCUAUAACAACUUUUAGUUAUUCGACGUACCUACUCUUCGAAGUUUUCCGCACCAUGAGUGAGAUUUUUCAGUAAUUUUUUUUUGUUUAACAAUAAUUUGAUUCAAAAUCGUCAUUUAAAAAACUCGUUGGAAUAAUAAAAGUACAUUUCGAGAAAUAUAUUUUCUUUACUAUUGGCACAUUUGAUUUACGAAUUUGAUUAUGAAAAAAAUCUUUUAUUUCCAUUGAAAAAGAUGAAAUUUUCUCACAAUAUUUCCAACUAAAAUCUGAUAUGGCAAUGAAACGAAAAGAGAAAGAAUCAAUCAACUAUAAAAUUUUUAUUAUGUGUGGGAGCUCUUCAAACUAAAAGCUAACUGCAAUCUUUUCCUAUUCGAGUAUCAAACUUCUGACACCUAUACUAAUUUUUUGAUGGUCCAUAAAAUUUUAUUACGUCGAAAAAAAAACGUGAUUCCUAUAGUUCCUGUUAAUUUUGGAUUGAAUUACGACUAAUAUCAAAAAAAAAAUAAAUUUUAAGAAAAGCUUUAAUCGAAAUAUUUUGGAUUUUUAUAUAUAUAUAUAUAUAUAUAUAUAUAUAUAUAUAUAUAUAUAUUUUCUCAGUUUUUAGUAAAGUUACAACUUUUUGAGCAACAGGGUAUAGACGGAUAUACGAAAACUAAAUUUAACAACAAAUUAGUUUUAAUUCGAGGUGGUAGAUGUACUUAGUAACCAAUAAAAUAUAUACAAUUUUUGAAAAAUCUCAAAGAUUGACUUGGAUCUGUCUGUUUUUGUGUUGUGUAUAAAAAUAAGUCUAAUGGGUUUUAAAACGCUUAUGAGUUUUUCUUUAUUGUAAAAAGUUGUAUGUAAAUUUAAUAAAACAAAAGGUACCGACGACGAAACGGUGUACCUUGAUCAAUACAUUUGUGAUGUUUUUAAAUAUUAUUAAUAUUUAAUUAAAAAUAGUACCUAACUUCGAAAGAAAAAAAACAUUUUUAAUUAAUGUGCAACUAUGAACCAAAAUUUGUAUAUAGUAAAUAGAAAAAAAAUGUAUAUGAUGUAUGUAUAUCGAUUUUUUUUUGUCAUAAAUAAAUGUU